AAGGCCUGGCCCGGGAAACAAAACCCUACUUUUCAGUUUUUGCCCUCUGCUACUUCACAGUAACAGGUUUUUGCCAUUGGGUUCUCGUAGAGCACAUAGCAAACAUUCUACUAUGGCUGCUAUACCAGUUAAUCCCAAGCCUUUUUUGAAUAAUUUGACCGGGAAACCAGUAAUUGUGAAACUCAAGUGGGGAAUGGAGUACAAGGGGUAUCUCGUUUCUGUUGAUUCGUAUAUGAAUUUGCAGCUAGCAAACACUGAGGAGUAUAUUGAGGGACAGUUUACUGGAAAUUUGGGAGAAAUUUUAAUCAGGUAAAUUCCACAUUAACUAUUCUUUAUGUCUAGUGGUUAUUGUGUUUUGCUAUUACAUAAGGGUGUUGUUAGACCCCUUUCGAUUUUGUUGAUUUUAUUGAGAAU